CAAACAAUUUACUGCAUUGUAUUUUAAAAUAAAAACUUCUACAUCAAGAAGAAAGAAGCACAUCAAUAAUAACACAACAAUUGGUGAAAAGGAUUAUAUCAGAAAACAGCAACGACAAACUCUCGCUCGGUCGAAUUAUCUUCUCUAUCGAUAGAAGGCAGCAAUAACCACGCAAGUAAUUGACAUCGAGGGCCGGAUGGGUGGAAUCGCAGAGGAUGGUAACACUAGUGUUGUCGACAUCGCUGUCGGCGGCAUGACGUGUUCGAUGUGCUCCAGUGCGAUACACAAGGCUUUGACGGGGAUGACAGGGAUUAACAACGUCACAGUGUCACUUGCCACCAAUAUUGCUAGCGUGGAAUACGUCGAAAGCGAGACUCUUACCGCAGAAAUUAUUGCGGAAGAAAUCGAAGAUAUUGGAUACGACGUGACCGAUAUUAUAAGAAAAGUCCCGGCAUACAGAAGAACUCGAGUGCUCAAAUCAGUGGAAUAUGCCGUUGGUGGAAUGACAUGUUCUAUGUGUUCGAGUGCAGUAACUAAAGCCUUGACGGGGAUGCCGGGAGUCCAAACUGUUGACGUCUCUCUCUCAACCAACACUGCAAGAAUAUCUUAUUACGACGAUGAUCAAGUAGAGAACGAUACAAACGAACCCUUGGACUAUCCCGGUGAUUUCCAAGAAAUGAUAGAAGACAUUGGAUAUGAUGUAAACGGCGUAGUCGAUGAUUGCGGAGAAGAAAGCUUGUGCGAAAACAAUGACGACAACGAUGUCGACGAGUUGGUUCCCAGCGAAGCUGAAAAUCGACUGGAACGUAUUCUGCGGCAACAAAAUUCCGAACUCAAGGCCAGGAGAAAUGCUUUUUUGUGGAGCUUUGUAGGAACCUUCCCCAUUUUGAUUAUAACGAUGGUGAUGCCCCGAGUUUUGCACAAGGACAAUUUCGUUUGUCAAUUUAUGAGACGGCACGUAGAUGUCUUCGGCUGCAAACUAUUGAUAGAAGCGAUUAUCCUGUGGAUGUUGGCCACGCCGGUUCAAUUCUUGUGCGGGCAUUCCUUCUACAAGACUGCAUUCCACGGGAUUCGAAGAGGCGUUUUGGGGAUGGAUGUACUGGUGUCGAUAGGGACGACAUCGAGCUACGUAUAUGCUUUCCUGGCCAUGUGGAAAAAUGAUUCCGGGUACCGCUUUUUUGAGACUUCUGCGGUACUGAUUUCAUUCGUUCUUCUCGGGAAAUGGAUGAACGCAAUGGCUGUUCGAAAAACUAGCCAGGCGUUKACACAAUUGAUGAAGCUACAAGCCAAGACUGCUAUUAAAAUUACCAUCCCUCCCUCCACCAAUUCAUCGACCUGGAAUCCACUGACAGACCCGUAUUCAGAAGAGAUCGUACCCAUCCAAAAAAUCAAACCGGGAAAUAUUGUAAAAAUUUUACGCGGUGCUAAUAUUCCUGCCGAUGGCACUGUUAUCCAUGGCGAAUUAACGGUUGACCAGAGCAUGAUUACAGGAGAAUCCAUUCCGGUCUUGAAAUCACCAGACGACGCUGUAAUAGGUGGAACAAUUUGUUCCGAAACAGGAACCGUGGAGGGAGAUAACAAUGCUCUAACAGCGGCUGCCUUUGUGAGGGUGACGGGAGUGGGAGCUGACUCUGCUCUUUCGAAGAUUGUUCAGAUGGUUCAGGACGCCCAGUCACGGCAGGUUCCCAUACAAAAACUAGCCGAUGGAAUUGCAUCCAUAUUUGUUCCAGUGGUUGUCGUCUUUUCAAUAUUGACAUUUCUGACAUGGUGGGUGUGCUGCAGCACGGGUCGCGUCCCUACCGGAUGGUACGACAAAGAGAAUCCAAUUGCCUUUUCGCUUAUGUUUGGAAUCGCGGCCCUGGUCAUUAGUUGCCCGUGUGCCCUCGGCUUGGCGACACCAACAGCCGUCAUGGUAGGCACUGGUGUCGGAGCCAGUCAUGGGAUUCUAAUGAAGGGCGGCGAAGCGCUUGAAGUAGCCUCGAAAGUUAAUGCUGUGAUUUUUGACAAAACCGGGACCCUCACAAGAGGGAAACCAGCUGUAACUGACUUUACUCGGGUGGUCUCGGACGAAUAUUUGAGGAGCCUGAUGAGUAACGAUGUGGCACAGAUCUCAGCAGAUUACUUUUUGCUUUGGUUGUUGGGUUCUUUGGAACGCAAUUCGGAACAUGUUUUGGCCACAGCCAUCGUCAAAUAUGCGGAACUCAAUAUCGAAAGUUUACUCAGAUCUUUGCCAUUUGCUCAGCCUUCUGACUUCGUACCAGUUACUGGUCGAGGGGCAUCAGGGGUCAUCAACGGCAAAACCGUUGCUAUCGGUAACCGGGCCUUUGCUGAACUUCACACAGGCAGUAUGAAGAUAUCUUCAGAGGCUGAAGAAUGCAUGCAGAAGUUGGAAGGCGAUGGGAAAACAGCUAUCCUUGCGGCAGUCAAUGGCGUCGUUUGCGCUGUUCUCGGCAUCGCCGACGAAAUCAAGACCGAGUCCCCCGACGCUAUCCGAUAUCUUCAUGACCGAGGGAUGGAUGUAUGGAUGGUAACAGGAGAUAGUUGGCGAACUGCCAAAGCGAUAGCAAAUGAGUUACAAAUACCACGAGCCCGCGUUAUUGCCGAGGCAUUGCCUGACUCAAAGAUAAACCAAGUAAGAAAGCUACAGAAAGAAGGGAAAAUCGUUUGUAUGGUAGGAGAUGGUGUUAACGACGCUCCAGCUCUUGCAGAGGCUAACGUAGGAAUAAGCAUGGGAACAGGAUCUGACAUUGCAGCCGAGGCUUCCGAUAUGGUUCUGGUCGGUGGCAAUAUUUCCGGUACAUGCACUGCGUUGCAUCUCAGUCGAGCUAUCUUUCGCCGGAUUCAAUGGAACUUCGUCUUUUCUAUGGGUUACAAUAUAAUUUGUAUCCCGCUGGCCGCAGGUAUUUUUUAUCCAGCUACCCACGUGCGCCUUCCUCCUACGAUGGCAGCAAUCGCUAUGGCACUCAGUUCCGUGAGUGUUGUUUGUAGUAGCCUGGCCUUGCGGCUGUACAAGCCACCGGAUAUUGUUGCAAGAUCAUCGAGUUCGCUAUGCUGCAAACCGCUGGGACAGCUGCGACUACUUGGGCGACGGACCACUGAACAAGAAUAUGAAAUGAUUGCUCAACAGCCUCUUGCUUGGUCGGAUGAGAAUUCCGUAGGGUCGGACUUAUUUGGGGAUGAGAUGGUCUAAUGCCUCGUCAUAAUCAUUAUACAGCAAACUAAUUUUAUUGCACUCUACUCCAGUAACACAAGUAU